CGACGGGGCCCGAGGGAACGGCAUGGAGCUGUGUCAGGGGAGGGGCAGCCGGGGGUGAAGGACAGGUUCUGCACUAGGGGGCGGUGGGCGUGGAACGGGCUGCCCAGGGCUGUGGACAUGGCCCCAAGUGCUGGAGUUCAAGGAGCGUUUGGACAGUGCUCUCAGACAUAGGGUGUGGAUUUUGGGUGGUGCUGCGUGGAGCCGGAAGGAGGACUCGAUAAUCCUUGCGGGUCUCUUCCAGCUUGGGAUAUUGUGUGCUGUGGGUCUGUUGCAGGCGCAUUUCCUAGGGCUGGGUCCCAGGGAAACGUUUAACUUUUCCCCCACGGACAGGCAAGGCAGGGAGAGCAGGGCACGCAGGGAGACACCUGCAGGUAUCACGACACGUGAGCCCUGUCGUGCUGCGAGAGUGCGGAAGAACCGCUGGAACGGCAGCGUUUGCGCUUCGCUUAUGACUUCUCACGACAGCCCCACGCACGUUCUGCCCCAGCCGCAGCCCCCCGGGCUGCCGCCGCUCGGAGUUUCGAGCCGAGGCCCCUGCCCUCUCGGCCACACCGUAGAUAGGGGCGGGGCGGCCAGCGGGGCGGCCAAUGGCCGCGAGGCGGCUGUGACGGCGGUGGGCCGUGCCGUGGCGAGCCGUGCCGGCCGGGCCGCACCUGUUACAUAAGGCGGCGGGCGGCCGCGGAGCGCCCCGUCCCCGGCCGCCCCUUACCGUUGCGGCCCGGCUGGGCCGGGGGCUGCCGGGCGGCGAUGAGCCCGCCGGGCGGUAAAGAGGGCGGCCGGAGGCGGCGGCGGGGGCGGGCAGCGGGAGCCAUGGCGGACGGCAACGCGGACUGGAUGGGCUCCUUGCCGGCGGCGCUGCGCAGCUACCCGCUUUCCAACCUGGCCAUCCCAGGAUCACAUGAUUCUUUCAGCUACUGGGUGGAUGAGAAAUCUCCUGUGGGACCAGACCAAGCCACUGCCAUCAAACGCUUGGCCAGAAUUUCUUUGGUUAAAAAGAUAAUGAAGAAAUGGUCAGUAACUCAAAAUCUGACUUUCAAAGAGCAAUUGGAAGGUGGGAUCCGCUAUUUUGAUCUUCGUGUAUCUUCCAAGCCUGGGGAAAUAGGACAGGAGAUCUACUUCAUACAUGGAUUGUUUGGCAUCAAAGUAUGGGAUGGACUAAUGGAGAUUAAUACCUUUCUUGAGCAACACCCCAAAGAAGUCAUCUUCUUGGAUUUCAAUCACUUCUAUGCCAUGGAUGACAGCCACCACUUCUUCUUGAUCAACAGGAUUCGCUCGGCAUUUGGAUCCAAACUUUGUUGUGUUGAGUGUGUAGAAUAUGUGACGUUACAGUACAUGUGGGAAAAGAAGUAUCAGGUUCUUAUUUUCUACCACUACCCCUUGUAUCGAGAAUUUCCCUUUCUAUGGCCAGGGAAUAAAAUGCCAGCACCGUGGGCUAAUACGACCAAUGUGCACAAGCUCUUACAGUUCCUGGAGACCACUCUUGAGGAACGAAGUCGUUAUGGGACUUUUCAUGUUUCUCAAGCAAUUCUCACUCCUCGAGUAAAAACUAUUGCACGACAUCUGGUCCGUGGUCUAAAGAACACACUUGUUCAUAGGAACCUGCCCAUGAUUUUGAAUUGGGUGAAAGCACAGAAACCAGGUGUUAUGGGUGUUAACAUAAUUACAUCCGACUUUGUGGAGCUGGUUGAUUUUGCUGCUACAGUUAUUGCAUUAAAUGACCUCCUUCUAGAAGAGGAUGAUUCUUCAAGUAAAUCCUGAAUGCUGUGUCCCACUUAUACUUAUCAGAAGAUCUUUCAACUAUGCUAAACUUUUAAGUGAAACCUACUGUAAUCAGUUAAUUUAAAACAAAGUUUUCUAGAGGAAAUGUGGUUUAAAAAUUAAAUUGUAUACAGAAGAUUCUUUUCUCCUAGGGCUCUGUGGAUCUGAGUGGAACACAGAGUACCGGCUGAGUGCUGCUGUGUCUCUUUUUGUGGUUACAUGUUUGACUAAGUUAUGCACACAUCUGCUGCAGCACACAGUGUUGUCUGCCUGCCAACAAGAGGCUGGCCUCUGAAGCAGAUGUACCCAGUUACUGUACAUAUCUCCUUGGUGAGUAGACUCACUGUGUCUCUGUGUGUCCUGCUAUUUUUUUUCAACUCAAGGAGUCAAAUCAAGGGUCGUUGCUGAUCUCUUUAUAGCAGUUUUACCAUUACAGCCAAAACUUUUUUGUUUUUGGCCACAUCAGGUAUAGCUGAUCUCACUGGAUGCUGCUCUUGUAUUCAUCACACUGUUUUCGACACUACUUCUGACUUAACUGGGGAGGGGAAAAAUAAAACAACCGAUAUCCCUGUUGUUCAGGGAGAAGCAGUUGCUACACUCUUAAUAUCCAAAGUAUCCUUUGGACCCCAGAUACAAAGACAUGGCACACACUGCCUCUUUGCUGUCCAAACUCUCCUUCUAAAUUCCAAACUAAAGUAAAUAUUUUACUUCAGUUCUUUACUGUGGCCGUGUUUUAAUACGUCUGUCUUUUGACACUAAUUUGGAGAAUAUUCCAGUCCUUAAAUUAUCAGUAUUGUAACUCUCAAUUCUGAAUUCUUGUUGUGAGACAAUUAAAAGAGAAAACAGUGACCUUUCUUUGAUUUGCUGGUCACUUUCUUUUUUUAUUCAUCCAGUUUUGUGGCAAAAAUCUCUCACCCAGAUAGUCCUUCUAUGGACGGACCUGUGGAAGGAGGCGGGCUAACUGGGAAUUUGUGUGGUAUUCAAAACAGUACUUAGAGACUGCUCAAAACUGAGAUCUGAGUAUUGGAUCUGAGUUUUACAGUGUGACAGUGAAUUCCAAAACUGGACUCAAAUGCUAUGCUUGCAGUCAGAACUCCCACAGUUAUGUGGGAGAAAUUUCCUUGCCUUUACCCACUUGUGACAAAGUAAGCUGUACUCACAAGGGCUUGCAGGCAUCAGUGCUGAGUGUAGUCAGAGUCAUUCUUGUUGAUGCACAACAAAUGUGACUGUGUGCUUGAACCAAAGACAUCACGUUGAUAUUUCUGAGCACGUAAUUGAUGAGCUGACAGUGGCCCUGUGAUCUGUUUAUCUUGGUUUAGAAAACAACACAAGUGACUAGUGAGCAGAUACUACUUGGUUGUCUUCCUAAACCAGCUGUUGGUGCAUUAAUUAUUCAGUGAUUAUUAACUUGUAUUAAUCUAUUCAUAAGAGAAUGAAUCAUCUUUAUGGGUAUUUUAUUCAAAAGAAAAAUGUCUCUGGAUUUAUUAUUUAUCUUAUCCUGUGUCUGCCACUGUGAUGUGACAGCACAGAAAAAUCCCAAACCACUUUUGUUUGUCACAACUCUGACCUCAGGACUUUAUCUAAAGGUUUGCAAGCCUUCCAUGUGAACCUUGGCCAAGUUCUGUGCAGGCUGUGAUCUGAUUUAUCUUAUCUACUUGUUACAUGGUUUUUUGAGUUGUUUGCAUUUCUUUUAAACUUAAUUAAGUUGAAUCUUUUUUCCUUGGGGGUUGGGGAGAUUCUGUCUUUCAGUCUUUUUCUGUUGAGCUUUAGUGAGGCAGAGCCAAGUAAAUAAAGCAGUCUCGGGGAAAUGAAGCUCAACUUUCUAGUUUAAAAUUUUGUUUGACAACUACAGCAGCAGACUUUUAGUGCUGUUUUCUUGUUGGUUAAACUUUUAGGACUUGUUGUGAUUGGUAUUAUUUUGUUUGCAGAGUUAUUUAAAAUUCCUGUUUGUUUUCAGUUGU